GCCAUGUAAAAUGAUAUGUAAUCAAUGAGAAAAAAACUAAUGUUUUUCUACUAUUUUUUUUUGCUGUUGAUCAAUUUAUUCAUUUUUUUUUUUAGUAAAAACAAAAUCAUUCAUUUAUUUCAUUAAUUCAUCAAUUAAUUUGUCAAAAUUUUAAAUAAACAUAAUAUUAUCAUGUAUUUGGCAUAUUAAAACGAAAAAUAUGGCAUCAAAAUUUCCAGUUAAAAUGUUUUUAAAUAUAUUAUAAUUAAAAUUUAAAAAAAAAUUAAUUAAGUAUUUAAUAAUGGCAAUGAAACUUCCUCCAUUAUUUGAUUUUGAUUUUCCAAAAUAUGUUAAAGAUACAUCUUACAAAAAUAUCAAUGUCUAUUGGUAUGAACAAAAUUUUACACAGAGUCGUUAUCCACCAGGACAAGAGAUAAGUGAAGCAUGUACAAUAAUUUGUCUCUUGGUUGCCCAACGAAUUGCCAAUUCAAAAAUACUCAUUUGGAAUGUUGAAACAUGUCCUCAACUUGAUAUUUUCAUAGCAGAAUCAAUAAUUGAGGGUAAUGAUAUUCAUGCUUGGAUUGUUGAACGAGGCUUGGUGUCUCAUCCUUAUCUAAACACUGAUGAGGCUUUAAAAUUUGGUGGUAAACGUCUUAAGACUCUAAAAGAAUGGAAGUUUCACGUGUUUAAAGAAGACAUUGAACUAAAUCUCUGUAAUAAUAUUCAACUAUUCCUCAAGGAAUGGUACAAAAAACCAAAGGCAGAGUCUUUAAUAAUGCUCUUGAUAACAUGUGGUCGAACAAAUCUAUUUUUAUUCCAAGGUAAUACAGAAAGAGUUACAUUUUUCGAUCCACAUGCUCAUCCAACUGAAAGAUUUUCCAAUCGAGGUCUAGUCGUAUCACAAACCAAGUUGGAUAAACUGGACUAUCUUUGUGACUGGUAUACACAAGAAAUUCUCAACAAUUGUUUUAAUGUACAAGCUCGUCAGUAUGAAUUGGCAUUUCUCUAUUAUGAUAAAUCAUCAUGCUGUAAAAAUGAAGGCUAUCCAUGUGACUGUGGUUGCAGCAAAUGCUAAAUAUUAAAAAAAAACAUUUAAAUAUUACACACAAAUUUAGUUGUUGUUUUUAUUAUAAUUUUUGUGUUUUAUUCGAACCAGCAAAAAUUAAAUUAUUUGUAUUUUUUAAUGCCACAAAUUUUAUGACUUUUAUUUACAAUAUAUACAAAGGUAGUUUUUUUUUUUUUUUAAUUCUUUCAACAACAUUUUAAUUUUUACUAUUGCAAUCUCCGAUAAUAAUUUAUAACAGAGUUUAGAACUUUAAAAAGUGUUUUUUUUUUUUUCAAUUUAAUUGUAUAAUUAUAGUUGUUAUUUUUUUUUUUUUAAUAAUUAUCUGAUUUUCUUUAAAAAAUAUAAAUCUCAUCGAAAAUAUUUUUGUUGCUGGACACGAUGUAUUAAGCAAGAUUUUAAUUUUAAGAAAUAAUCGGAAUAAUUAUAUUUUUUUUUGAUAUAUUUUAUAGUAAUUUUGUUAAUUAUUUUUAGCUAAACUCAAUGAUUUAUUAUUACUAAAAACUAUUGGUGUAUGUGUGCAUGUGUCUGUAUAAUUGUGUAUUAUUAUCACCAUUUUUUCAUAGAUUAUUUACUAAAAAUUUCUACUUAAAUUUAAUUAUGUUUUUCUUUGUUCUCUUUUAAUUUGCUACUUCUUCAAAAUAAUAAAUCAUGUUAAGUAUAUCGCAGUUUGACAAAUAUUUUAAUUAAAAAUAUUAUUGAAUGUGAUGAGAAAAAAAAAAAAAUAUAACGUAUGCUUGGAUAUAGAAAAACAAAAUCAUUUUAAAUUGUUUGAAAAAAAAGAAACUGAUAAUUUAGUUCAAUUCAAAAACAAAAAUUAUAUCAAUUGAAUUUUUUUCACGUAGAAAAAUACAAGAACGUUUUUUUUUCUAUUGUUAAUUAAUGAUGCUAGAAUGUAGAGUUAAUUUUUUUUUUUUUUUUGAUUUUUCAAAGAUUUCAAAGUUUAAAUAUUAUGCAAGUGUGUAUUAAAAUUUUAAAGAUAUUAUUAUCUAUUUGAAGAACAUAUUUAAACGAAAAAGUACCAUAUAAAGUUGACGUGAAAAGAAAAAAAAAAAAGAAAAAAAAGAAAA